AUGCUUGCGGUGCUGCAGAGGACGCGCAGUGCAAUCAGCAACAUCGGUGUGCGGUUUGCGUCGACAUCUGCGCAGCGCAGAGUCCCGUCUCCACGAAACAAAGUCGACUCGCCCAAAGCCUUUCUCGAAGCCAUUUCCAAGCCACGCCGCGACCUUGUCAACAAUUCAGCAUGCGUAUCUGCCCUGGGUGAGGACUGGGAUGCGAUGUUCUCGAUGAACUCGGAAAAACUCAAGGGCGCAGGUGUACCUGUGAAGGAGCGCAAGUAUAUCUUGUGGGCCCUGGAAAAAUACCGUCAGGGACUCGAACCCUCCGAGUUUGUACGCAGCGUCAAGAAGCCCAAGAAAGUGCGUGGAUGGGGCCCGCGUGUGCAGAAGGGAUACCGUGUGCGUGGUGAGCUUCGCCCAGGCGAAAAGAAAAUAUAG